AUGGCCCAGUACGCGACACAGCUUUAUGAUGCAAUGAUGGUCUAUGCAGGAGUUCUAAACAAAACAAUUGCUUCAAAUCAAAAUAUCAGAGAUGGAGCGUUUUUAUUCAACAGGACAAAGGAUGCUUACCCAGGAGCCCUUGCUAAUGUUAUUGAAGCUUGUGAUGGAUCUAGAAUACCAUACUUUAUUGUGACCGGGGUAGGAAGAUCAGCUGAGCCAAAAAGAUUGAUAGCUCAUACUUUGAUACCGCUUUAUGACUCACAAAAUGAGAUCCAAUUUGCCUCUAAUGGGCGUCCCAUACCGAUGACUGUGCCAGCUUGUGGAUUUACAGAAGUGGAAAAAGAAAGCAGGCUUCGUAGGGAAUUGCGAAAACUCAAAGAAGCGAUACCACCGCUACCAUCACCCGCAAAACUCUACGAUCAGAUAAUUGAAGCUUCCACAAUGAUCAUGAUUACAACCGAGAUUUUCGACCAACUGAAAGAAGAUUCCAGUCUUUUCUACAUGAGCAAUGCACCCUACGGCGAAUUAGAGCGAGACACUCAGAUUUUUGAACUUAGAACUGGUAAUUGUAAAAUGCGCUUAGAGUUCUUACGUCGUCUGAGAUUACUUUUUUCAAAGGUGCCUGUCCUGAUCGCCACAAAGGCCAUGAACGAGAACGCAUGGAACGCAAGAAUGGAACGCCCACAAUAUUAUAUAUCGAGAGACGGUCAGAGAAAGCCGCUACUGACAGAUGCAAACCUGUUGGAGCUUAUCAUUAAUGACCAUCUUCGAUUCAUAGACGAAUUCUAUAUGACGAUUCAACAAACUCGAGCCGAAUGUCUUACCCGAGAGCGAGCAGAAAGAGAAGCCAGGGACGUUCGCGUGUUCAAUGCUAUACAGUCAAUCCAACAGACGAUGGUCGAGGUGAAAGACACCGUUUCCAAGCAGAAGAUCACCAUCAAAAGUUGCGCGGCAUGGACGCAAACGUAUCCGUUGGAACGACAAAAGGUAUGCAGAGCAGUGCAGACGACUCACCAAGCCCCGCUAAAAGCAAAAACAAUGCAGACAGAAGCUCCCUCACCACCGACACUACCUCAGAUGCCACAGAUGCCAGCACAACCCAUGUUAUUCCCAUAA